GCGUUGACAAAGAAGCAUGUAAUUUUCCUAUUGCAGAUUACCGGAGUAGCAAACUUUACAAAGAAGACGCAGAUGGCGUUCUGGAAAUACUGGAGAAGCAAAACGUGACGUUCAAUUCUCACCACAGGUGCAUCACAGAGGAGAAAUUGAAAGAAUCUGGUGUGGCAGAUCAGUGGCACGUUCUAUCAGUCAACAGACACAACGGAAGCGAAUUCAUAUCCAGUUUUGAGCACAAGAAAUAUCCGUUCUACGGCGUGCAAUUUCAUCCUGAGAAGAAUGCUUUCGAGUGGAAGAUCGAAUCUAUUCCUCACUCAGCCGACGCCAUAUUGGUAGAACAAUUUUAUGGGAACUUCCUGGUCAAUGAAG